AUGGCAAGAAAUAUGUGGACCGAGUUCAGCGACUACCGAGAUCGGAUGUACAAGGGCUCUGCCAUCGUUCCUCUUCGUCAACUGGUCGAUCUGGAAGGCAACUGCCAAGUAGAUGAAGAGUUCGUCGCCAGGUACCAUGAGACUUGGGGGGGCAGCAUCGACCCCUUGAUGCACGAGAUGAUGGGGUUGCUUCCUGACAACGAUGGGUUAUUGAUGAUGUGCCCAUUUGGCACGAUUCUCAAUGGUGGUUCUUGUUACGGAUACAAAGUCUCCAACAACCAUAUCCAUCGCAUGGUCAAAGACCUCCCCUUUCCAUCGCUCUCUCUCUUUCGCCCUCUAUCCUGA